AAUAAUGUAACUUUUGCAGCAAAAAUGUAACAUUUCAGGAAACGAAAUGUAACUUACGACUCAAGGGCCCUGGCAACACUGAACACAGUGCUUGUAGACAUAAAAAAAAAAAUCUCUUUGAAGAUAAUCAUAAAAAAUAUUGAGUAUUUUGUUUGUGUUUCUCAUACAUACAAUUUUCGCUAAAUAUGCCUAGCCAAUAUGAAGAAGAACGUGUUUGGGAAGCUCCUAAUCAUAAUCAAUACGAGGAAGAAGGCAACGAAGAUGUUAUAGAAAAUCCUGAAGAAGUGUUGCAUGAAUGCUUAGAAAAGUUCAAAACCCCAGACUAUAUUAUGGAGCCUGGCAUAUUUGGCCAACUUAAAAGAUACUUCCAAGCAGGAGGAAACCCUGAACAAGUUAUUGAGCAAUUGUCAAUGAACUAUAAUGCUGUAGCUCAAAUGGCAAAUUUAUUAGCAGAAUGGCUUAUUCUUGGCGGAGUAAAAGUCACAGAAGUCCAAGCAAUGGUUGAAAAUCAUCUGAAAGAUAUGAUAUUGAAAACAUUUGACCCUAAAAAAGCAGAUACAAUCUUCACUGAGGAGGGUGACACUCCAGCUUGGUUAACUGAAAUGAUAGAACAUCCCACUUGGCGAUCCUUGAUAUACAGGCUAGCUGAAGAAUACCCUGAUUGUCUUAUGCUCAACUUUACUAUUAAGUUAAUAUCCGAUGCUGGCUUUCAAGGAGAAAUCACCAGUAUAUCAACAGCAGCACAACAAAUUGAAGUAUUUUCUCGAGUCCUCAAGUCGGCUAUUGUGGGUUUUUUGCAGAGUUCUGAUGAUUGGCAAAACAGUGUUAAUGAGUGUGCUAAAAUGGUCUGCCAUGGUGCUCAUACCUAUGUAUACAGUCAAGUCAUUGUGCACAUCCUGUCUCAAGAACCGAGAGGUGGGGCCAUUAUGAAAAGGCUUGGUCAAGAAAUUACUAGAUGUGCACAGCAAAGUGGGCACGAUGUGACUCCGAUAACGUUAGCUUUGACGGCGGGCGAGUCGUGGCGCAACGCUCGCACGGCCCUCGCGGCCAUGUUGUCGCGCGGCGCCUUGAAUCCAGCCGACAUAUCGGUUCUGUACAGAGCGUACACCCAGUCUGAACCUCCACCAGUACAUUUGUUAAGAAUACCUCAGUUUUUAGAGCUACUUGUAGAUUCACUAUUCAAAAUGGGAAGCAAAUUAAACCCUGAGCAUAAAUCAAAAUAUAUGUAUUUGCUGGCAUACGCUGCCAGUGUAUGCGAAGGUCACUCCCUGGGAAAGCCCGUCAAAGAGGAACUAAAAGCAACUGUCCAAGCAAUUGAGAAGGUUCACGCAGUAUGUAGUAGUUCCGCUAGUUCCAGUGAAUUAAUUGCGGAAUUGCCGACAUUAUACCAUUGCAUUCGAUUUCCAGUUGUUGGAAUGGGUGUUUUAGUUUGGGUUGAAUGUGUUGUUACUGAACCAUCAUAUUUCAAACUGUGUACAGAACAUUGUCCUGUACAUUUGGCACUUUUGGAUGAAGUUGCCUCCUGUCAUUUGUUGCUGCACCAUAGGUUACUCAGAUUAUUGGUACAAUUAUUUGAAUCUCCUCAAGAUGAAUUGGAAAUUUUAGUUCAGUUGGAGUUAAAGAAAAUGCUUCUUGAUCGUAUGGUAAACUUAUUGAGCCGCGGCUGCGUGGUGCCAGUCCUGCGUUACAUUAAACAGUGUUGGCAACGUGGCGAUACUGAUAUAUCAUUGAUAAGAUAUUUUAUAACAGAGGUUUUGGAUGCAAUCGCUCCACCUUACACCCCUGAGUUUGUGCAACUUGUGUUACCAAUGGUGGAAAAUGAAGAAAUUACUGGAACAAUGAGAGCAGAAGGCGAAAAUGAUCCUGUGUCUGAAUUCAUAGUUCACUGCAAGGCGCACUACGUUGUAGUUUAAAAAUGUUAAUUUAUAAAAGUAAUUAAACACAUUAUAAUUUCUAUAA